AUGUCCUCGCAGUCCCAGGAUGAACCUGGCCCAUCAACGAAGCGCUCCCACGUCGACAACGCCGACUCCCGUCAACCACGCAACGCAGGACGAUACACCCCAUCCGCAUCAGCAAUGGACUGGACUGGCUACGCGCCCCACUCGCCUCCCGCGGCAGGCUCUUCGACUAUGUCUGGAUAUGUUCCUCCCUACCCUGCGCCAAAGCCUGUCCCUUCCGACCCAGUGGAGGCCAGAGAGGAAGCGAACGUGGCUUCAACUUCGAAAUCGGUGGCCGCGCCAAGCAUGUCACUGGCGGCUGACGAGGCCGUGGGACACAAGACGACCGCUCCAAAGCCUCCCAAUUUCACCCCGCGUAACCACAACCAACGCGAAAACGACUCGGUGCCAUCAGCCUCAACCAUAGGUCCUCCACCUGGGCCGGCCAAGGAGCCUUCUCCGGCUCCCCCGCAGCGUCUCAAGGUCGUCCCACGUAACCAUAACGUGCGACCCAAUGCCCCAGCACCAGCUCCCACUGCUCCUGUUUCUCCUACAACUCUCCUGCAGCCAUACACGGACAACUCGUACUCAGCCAAUCGCCCGGCUCCCAAGUGGAACCCAAACAUUAAGCCUCGCAACCACAACGUACGCCCGAACGAUCCGGUUGCACCACCUCCUCCACCCGCUCUCCCCGCACCCCAGGCCUUGUUGCCAGCUCCCAAGCGCGCCCCUGAGUCACGUCAGGCAACGUUGUCUCGCUCUGUCACACCCACAGCCACAAGUUCUGAGACCCAAAUGGCACGCCAGCGCAGUGCGCCCGUCCAAUGCCAUUCGUCCCCAGAGGCUGCUUCACAGUCGCCUGGAACGUCAUCCAAGCCCCAGCUGCCCGCUCUCGAUGUCAAGCCCGACCUCGAUGCUCUCGAGGCUGCUGAACGUGCCAUCGCCGCUCUGGGUGAUUCUGCACCGCCAGACCCAAACCCGGACGAAGGCGUCAUGUGGAUCUUACCAGAGGAUCUCCCGGAAGAAUCUCUGGGCCGUUCCACCGUGGAACGCAAUGGCGUGCGGAAUGUCUGGAUUAAAGGUAUGAAGCGCGAGCUCCAUGCCUAUGGUAAGGUGAUUGUGAGCAUCAAAUGGCGUCCUGAUGGUGUCGCUGUCGAUUGGAAGCGGCGCCCACCUUCAACCGAAUCUGAGGACGACUUCGAAGUUCUCGAUGAAGCUCCUCCGUCUGCGGACCCUGGCUCGCCAGCCGAAACUGAAGACGACUUCGAAAUUCUCACCCUCGACCAAGUUCCCCAAUUUGCUAUGCCUCCUCAACCUGUCUUCACCGUGUCGUCGCCUGAACCUGAGCCGAUGCCUCUCGUGUCGUCGCUGCCUCCCGAGGCCGCGUCUUCUGUCGCGACCGAUGCUCCGUCGCCUGUGGCUGCUACUUCUCAAGCCCCACCACCACCGCCUGUGGCUGCAGCUCCAAACCCACCUGGCAGUGGUCAAUCGGUCCCGAUGGACCAAACUCAGGGACUCAAGCGACAGCGUUCCAUGUCACCAGCCGACGAAUCGCCUCACAAGCUGGCGCGUUUGGAGUUGCACCAGCACCAAUUCGCACCGCCACCUCCUACUUCCGAGCCUUCUUCCGCCAUCAGGCCAGGUCCCGCACCUGUUGCCGCGGUUACCUCAGUGAAGCGCGUCUACACCCUCUCAUCCUCGGUGACGCCGAAUGUCUCGAGCGACGUCCAACCGCUCCCAUCCCCAUCCUUCAGUCCCCAGCGUUUCCACGGCGAGUCGCCGACACUCCGCGCGAAAUCGGAGCCGCAUGGAAUGCGCAGCGUCCCCUCCGGACCGUCUGCUUCUCCAGCCAUUUUGACUGGCCAGGGCAAGCUCGCCCAGCUCCAUGCGCUUAUGGACAAGGAACUCGACAAGCUCGACCGCUGGACGCGCCUCAUCGAACUCUUCCCGACCCGCGAACCGAGUCUGAAGAAGCAGAUUGAGCGUACCGAGGAUACCAUUUUCUCGCUGCAGAAUGAGAUGGAUGAGGAGACGCACAAGAUGGAGAACGCCACGUAG